GCAUCGUAUUCAUUUGUGUCAUUUAUACCCUUUUAUAUACUCCUUUUAAGUCCUAUCCUUUGGAUUAACAUCAAGUCCCUAUUGCAUACAAGCCAUGAGACAGAGAGAGAAAAUACACCUUAGUCAGAGAAGUUUCUUAACUUUAGAGAGAUAAACAAGCAAACAAUUUUAGAGAGAGAAAGUUAGCCGUUUCAUCAAUGGAGUUGGAGACUGCAAAUUGGCUUUUCUGACCAACUUUUUUGUUCUUCAUUCUACUUGUGACCAAAAACUAUUUGGUUGAGAUGAUGUUUGCAACCAAGGGUCGAUCAGAAACAACCUGUUACCACUGACAACGGUAACAUUGCAUGCUCAAAACAUACUCGAUGAUCCAGUAUUUACUCGACCUUAGAACCUGACUCGAUUUUGAACCCACCCGAAAAACCUGACCUGAUAUUGACCUAAUGACCCGAAUGAACACCUCUAGGUUGCAUAUAUCCGACCCCCAAAUUUCACCACCCUUAAUCUCGCUUAGGUGCGAGCUGCUUAAUGGUAUUAAGUAAUGGAAUGUUGUUGUUGUUGAUGAUGAUGUUUUUAUUCUGGUAUUGAGAUUGUUGUAUACAUUUGAAUGUAGGAGACCUUUAACCCUAGAUGUGAGAUGGAUUUACCGGAUGCAGCAAAAUAUCUAUUUGACAGGAUUCAAAAAUUAGAACCAGAAAUAGCCACAAAAAUCCUAGGUUGUAUUCUUAUGCAAGAGGAUGGUGAUUUAGAAGUGAUAAGGUUGGCUUAUGCCCCUGAAAAGCUCUUAGAAAAUUCAGUACAGAAAUCUAAGCUACAACUAGGCUAUCUCUCGAAACCCUCAGUUUCGACUUCCCUGCAGUGUCCCCCCAUUGCCAUCGACCCUUCACCGGUUUCAGACGUGUCAUUUAAUCAUACGCCUUUUUCACCCAAUGGGUCUAGACUAUAUUCGUCUCCAUCCGCCUUUCCGGUCCCACAGGCAGCGCGCUACUGGGAUGUACAGCCUAUGGCACCCGAUCGACCACUGUCUAUGAGUUGUGAUUUUCCAUCAUAUAGAGAUUUAGUAGCAGAGGAGCUUGGUCUUCAGAGUCAAGCCCAGUUCAUGGGUUUUGAUGAUCAAUUAGAUCCCGUCAAUGUUGGGGCAGGAAACUUUUCUGGGGAUCUUUAUUAUGCUGAUGCUGCAUUGAGUGGUCUGAGAAAUCGUCAAUCAAUAAACUUGUGUGAUUUGCCUAUCAAGACAUGCCAUUAUUUCAACAAGGGAUUUUGUAAGCACGGGAGUAGCUGCCGGUAUUUACAUGGACCGGAUAGUUUCUCUCCGAUUUUUAGCCCAAGUGAAGUUGGGUGUGAUGAUCAUAUAUUUUCCCCGGGAUCCCUUGAAGCUCUUGAGCUCGAGAUCAGUGAGCUCUUGAAAUUAAAGCGGGGCAAUCCUGUUUCUAUAGCUUCACUUCCAAUGUUGUAUUAUGAGAAGUAUGGGAGAACUCUUCAAGCUGAUGGGUACCUUACAGAGAGCCAGAGGCAUGGUCGAGCUGGUUAUAGCUUGACGAAACUUCUGGCUCGCCUGAAGAGGAUUCAGCUCAUUGAUAGACCACACGGGCAGCACGCGGUGAUCUUAACUGAAGAUGCUUCAAAAUACAAUGUGGAGAAUCGAAGCGAAAGGAAUGAUCCAGGUCCGAUCGUGAGUGGAUCACGUCAAAUAUACUUGACAUUUCCUGCAGAGAGUACAUUCACCGAAGAAGACGUAUCUGCCUAUUUCGGAACUUUCGGUACGGUUGAAGAUGUCAGAAUCCCAUGCCAACAAAAGCGGAUGUUCGGAUUUGUGACUUUCACGAGUGCUAAUACUGUUAGGACUGUUUUGGCUAAAGGAAACCCCCAUUUUGUUUGUGGGUCUCGUGUUCUCGUCAAACCUUACCGUGAAAAAUCGAAGCUGUUCGACAGGAAGUACAUGGAGAAGAAUGAUCACGUGCCUAGAUGUGAGGCGCCAAGAUUCUUAAGGAGGCAGUUUAUGGAAGAACAGGAACACGCUCUUGAAAUGGAGAGGAGGCGCCUCUCGGAAUUGCAGCUUGGACGAAAGAAUAUGAUUAAUCGUCAAUUGAAUGGCUAUGGCAUCGAGGACCUAAAUACGUUGGAAGAUCAUUCAAACGUUAGUGCAGAAGAUUACCACUGUCUGCUGGAUGUUUUCAAUAAUUGCAGUAUAAACGAUAACAGGUCAAAGCAUUUAGGCAAUUGUUACCCCAAUCAUGAAAGCCCGGGGAUCGAUCUUCCUGAGAGCCCGUUCGCAUCAACAACAGGGAACAGCGUUUCCGCACUCAUAUAGAUCUCCAGCAGCAAAGGAGCAAAAUACCUUUAUAGAGAUAGUAGGAUUACCGCGAUGCAAAGGUUUGGUGUCUUUGGUUACCGUUAUAGAACAGCUUCAUUUCUUUUAUUGCUCUGCCGUGCCCAAGUCUGUUAGUUUUGAAGUCUUUUAGCGAUAAGUAUAUAACAGAAAAGGCUAAAAGAAGACGAUUACAAUACAAAAAAGUCGGAAUUCUGAAGCAUCAUCUCCUCCCCGUUGAUUUUGGUAGAAGGAGUUUUAAUAGAAAAACAAAGGAUUAUCGAUACAGAAAAUGAAGAUUGCCAUUUAUGUAAGAAGCUUUGCACAGUUUUUUAGGUUUUUAAGACAGAAGGUGAAAGAAGCGCUUCUCGCAAUAUCCGUAGAAAAUAUGUGGUAUUUUAUAGUGCCUCUGGGUAGUCGAGGGAAAAAAAACGAGUUAAUUUUUCUAGGGUUCUAUGUUUGAAGUUUGAACAUCGUAUGUGAUCGAUGUAAAGUAACAUUUUGACCAAGUUAUAGAAGAGUUAGUUAGCCCUUCAA